CUCCAAAGCAGUUCUCAAAUCUCCCUCUCUCUAAAAGUCCACCUUGACUAGAUAAAACAAAGAAAUCCUGCCUGAGGCGCCAAACCACCCCGCAACCGCGGUUUGCCCACAAGAGUACGAUUGAAUCUGCCUCCCCUUCCCCUUCAAGCUCCGACUCAGUCAACCACCUUUCCUCCAUUUCGAUCCGACAAGCUUCACAUCACCAGCAGCCAUGGGUAAGGUUCACGGAUCUCUCGCCCGUGCGGGUAAGGUCAAGUCUGCGACUCCUAAGGUCGACAAGCAGGAGAAGAAGAAGCAGCCCAAGGGCCGCGCCAUGAAGCGUCUGAAGUACACUCGCCGUUUCGUCAACGUCACCAUGACCGGUGGCAAGCGCAAGAUGAACCCCAACCCCGGCGCCGCCUAAAUUCUCCAUAUCUUCCAACGCGCGACAUAAGAUGAUGCAAUAACGACCGAGCGAAACCCCCAUACGACGGUUCCAUCAUCGUCAUCAUCAUCUGGAUCAAGUUUUGUUUGUUACGCUGGUUGAAGGCCAGAAGGCUCUUUCGCCAGUAUGGUUGUUUCACGGGAAUACUCCCCGGACGGAAUAUACCCGGAAGGAACUCGAACUUGGUUGGAAAGGUUGGGGAGGGCUGCUUCAUGACUAGAUAAUGGGCUUGAACAAUGCAUUUCGAAUGGGAAUUAUUUGUCGGAGUCAGUCAAUAUUUGCUUUGAAUGUCGUAGUCUGGAGGAGGCUGGAGUAGUCUGAAGUUGGUUUGUGCCCCUAUACUUUUGGAGGGUACAAUCGUCAAGCAGGUGACUUGUGCAUAAAUGGCUCGUAUCAACGAAAGCUAACUACAGAUUGACUCAA